AUGAGCCUCCAGCGCUCCAAUGUGACAAUAAUUCACCCGGACCUGGGCAUUGGUGGUGCCGAGCGACUCAUUAUCGAUGUCGCUUUAGCCCUGCAGAACCGCGGCCACCGCGUAACGAUCUACACCUCCCACCGCGAUAAGACACACUGUUUCGAAGAAGCUCGCGAUGGCACCCUAGAUGUCCGCGUGCGCGGAAACACAAUCUUUCCCGCCCACGUCUUCGGUCGACUCCACAUCCUCAUGGCUGCGCUGCGCCAGCUCCACCUCACCGUGUCAUUGCUGGGCGAGCUCGGUUCGGCGACGGAGAAAGCCAAUGACGGAGACGACAUAUUCAUCGUGGACCAAUUAGCGGCCUGUGUACCAUUUUUGAAAUCCUUUGGCCGUCCACGCGAAUCCCGAAGUCAGCGCAUCCUAUUUUACUGUCAUUUCCCGGAUCAAUUGCUUGCGCGCCGGGACGAGGGCGGCUCGCUUCUUCGUUUGGCGAAGAUGCUAUACCGCUUCCCAUUCGAUUGGUUUGAAGGGUGGGCUAUGAGUGCGUCGGAUCGCGUUGUGUCAAACUCCAAGUUCUCCCGCGGUGUCCUACAUGAUGUCUUUGGCUCGGAUCGACUGGGUGAUGUUGAGGUCAUUUACCCGUGUGUUGACAUGGAUGGAGCCUUGUUGCCCACGAAAACGGAGGAGAAUCCCCUCUGGAAUGGGAAGAAGAUAUUGCUCAGCAUUAAUCGUUUCGAGCGCAAGAAGGAUAUGGCGCUAGCCAUUCGCGCUUACCAUGGGCUAGGCACAGAGAAAAGGAAAGGCACUAGAUUGGUGAUUGCUGGCGGUUACGACAAUCGUGUCCCAGAAAAUGUUCAAUAUCAUCAGGAACUAGACAAGCUGGCUACCGGUCUUGGAUUGGAAACCGCGACUUCCAAGACGGUCGUAUCUGCUCUUUCGAUUCCAAAAUCUAUCGAUGUUCUCUUCCUUCUGUCGGUGCCUACAGCGUUCAAGGAUACUCUACUCGCACAAUCCAAGCUUCUUCUCUACACCCCGAUCAACGAACAUUUCGGCAUUGUUCCAGUUGAGGCGAUGCGGGUGGGUCUCCCUGUAUUGGCAUCAAAUACGGGAGGUCCCCUGGAAACUAUUGUCGAGGGCGAAACGGGCUGGCUCCGGGACGCCCAUGCCGAUGAGGAAUGGACUGCUGUCAUGGACAAGGCUCUCUACGGUUUGAGUCUCAAGGACGCUGAGCGCAUGGCUGCUGCUGGCAAGGCGAGAGCAGAGAAAGAAUUCUCACUCACAGCCAUGGGCGAUAGGCUCGAAGAGGAGAUUUCUAUUAUGCUCAAAGCCCAGAGAAGGACAUUUAAUGGAUGGCAGCAGGCGUUUGCUUUGUUGGCCCUGUUUGGGGCUUUCCUAGUGGCAUCGACCGCGUUCUUGCUCCGAGCGAUGUAA